AUGCACGUCACGGUGGCGCUGCUGGCGGCCGCGGCGGCCACGAGAGCGCAGUGGCAUGGCCAUGGGGGCGGAUGGCAUGGCGGGCAUGGAGGCCAAGGCUGGGACUGGAAUGGAGGAUAUCCUCAUGGUGGUGGAUGGGGUAGUGGCUAUCACAUGCCCGGUGGUGAAACGCCGGCGCCAGGCUCGCUCAAUGCGACCUUUGAACAGCUCAUCGACCACAGCAAUCCCGGCCUGGGCACGUUCUCGCAGUUCUACUUCUACGACACGACGUACUGGAAAGGGCCGGGUUCGCCGGUGAUCUUGUUCACUCCCGGAGAGGUCAAUGCCACGAGAUACUACAGCUAUUUGACGACCAACCGAACGACCGGUCUUCUGGCGGAGCGAAUCGGUGCGGCGACCAUUGUACUGGAACACAGAUACUGGGGAGUUUCGUCUCCUUUCAACGACCUGACGACAGAGAACAUGAAAUACUUGACUUUGACGAAUGCGCUGAAGGACAUGACAUACUUCGCCAACAACGUCAAGCUGCCAUUUGCGAAGCGAGGCGGUAGUAACGCGAAGGAUGUCCCGUGGGUGACGAUGGGAGGUUCGUACUCGGGAGCCCUUUCAGCCUGGCUGGCUUCGGUCGAGCCAGGCACUCUGUGGGCAUAUCACGCCUCCAGCGCUCCCGUUCAAGCUGUGUCAGACUACUGGGGGUAUUUCAUCCCUGUGCAAGAAGGAAUGCCAAAGAACUGUUCCAGCGACGUCUCGCUUGUGAUUGACCACAUGGACGACAUCCUCACGAGCGGAUCCGAGCAGGAAGUCCACGAUCUGAAGGCCAAGUUCAACAUGACCGGAGUGGAGCACAACGACGAUUUCAUGGCCGCGUUGGAGAACGGACCGUGGCUCUGGCAAGGGAAUCAAUUUUAUACCAACACUGGGUUCUUCACCUGGUGUGACUACAUCGAGAACUCUGUGAACAAGACGGGAUCCGCGGUGGCUGGUCCUGAAGGCGUUGGGCUCGACACGGCGCUGGCGGGUUAUGCCAAGUGGUGGUCGCAGACGCAACUUCCAGGUUUCUGUGCAGCGUACGGAUACCCUGAAUUCCAGGGAGACUACAACGUCGCCUGCUUCGACACGUACAAUGCGAGCAGCCCGUUGUACACCGACAGAACCCUUAGCAACGUGGUGGACAGGCAAUGGGUCUGGAUGACAUGCAACGAGCCCUUCGGCUACUGGCAAGACGGCGCCCCAGAAGGCCGUCCCUCCAUCGUCUCCCGCCUCGUCGACGCCAACUACUACAUCCGGCAAUGCGGGCUGUACUUCCCUCCCGGCCCCAACGGCGAGACGUACGGUAUCGCCAAAGGCCGCACGGAAGAACAAGUCAACGCCUACACAGGCGGCUGGAACAUCGACAACACGACCCGCCUCAUCUACGUGAACGGCGGCUACGAUCCGUGGCGGGAAGCGGGCGUCUCGGCGAUUGAGCGCCCCGGCGGGCCGUUGCAGAGUACGGAGCAGGUGCCGGUGGAGAUCGUGCCCGGGGGAUUCCAUACGAGUGAUCUGAUCACGCAGAAUGGGAAGGUCAAUGCGGGGGUGAAGCGGGUGCAGGAUACGGUGCUGGAUCAGCUGGAGGCGUGGGUGAAGGAGUUUCCUAAGAAGUAUCAUUGGAAGGCGUGA